GUCGCCAAUCCGCCGAAUCCUCUCGACGGCAGGCAAACGGACCAAGGCAAAAAUAUCAAGCAACGACCACUAGCCAUUUACUCAAAGCUUGAGCUUAGCUGCGUAGUUUUCGAGGGGAGGCGCGUGACACACCUCGCCGGCCGGCGGCAUACACACGCGCAUCGGCGGCGCAGCAUGGGGAACUGCCUCAAGCCGCAGCGCGCGGCGGUGUGGGCGGACGGCGACGAGUGGGAGGAGGAGGAGGAGUUGGCGGCGGGGAGCAAUAAGGCGAAGGCCGCCGCCGCCGCCGCCGAGGCGAAGACGGUGGACCGGGUGGAGGUGAAGAUCAGGGUGACGAAGCGGCAGCUGCAGGAGCUGCUGGAGAAGGCCGGCGGCCGUGGGGGCUGCAAGGCCAAGGCGCGGCGGGCGGAGGAGGUGCUGGCGGAGCUGAUGACCUCCGGCAGGGUGUGCUACCAGCAGCAGCACGAGGAGAUGCGGGGGCACUGGAGGCCCGCCCUGUGCAGCAUACCGGAGUCCGCCGCCGAGGAGUCAUGAUACGGCUCUCGAGUUUGUUUUUUAGCCUCUUGGGCUCUUGGCCGGCGAGGGAGAGUGCUCGAUCAGAAUUUUCUGUCAGAUUAGUUCCUUACGUGCACAGUACUAGUUGCUAUAGGAAGAAGGUGCAGGUUUUAGCGAUUCUUUCUGUACAGGUUUAUUACCAACUGAGAAGUGAGAAUGCUGAUGGGAAGCAGUUACUGGAGCCAUUUUUUUAGCGCCAGGCAAA